AUGGCCACACUGCUGCUCCAUCCUAGACUUGCCCGACCCGCUGGGGUUUGGGAGCCUCCAGACCCGCCCUCUCCCGCAGGCACCACUGCGGUCCCCGGUCUCUCCUGCUGGAAGCGAUGUGGCUCCCGCUGGUUCCUCUGCUCCUGGCCAACCCUCGGCCCCGCCGGCAACACCUCCUAUGUCCUGACACUCUGCUACACAAUGCCCAGGCGGUGCCAGCGGUUCCAGGCUGGCACAAAGACAACAUACACCCUGAAGCAUCACCACGUCUAUGUCCUCACCAACACCACAGCCUGGGUGGAGGCACACUGGGGGGACCACAUCCAUAGGACCCCCAACCACACACUGUACUUCGACGAGGCUGUCAAGCCAGAUCCACCCUCUACUGGGAUGCCCUUCACCAAGACCAGCAACCGGCUCCGGUUGCGGGUGCCGCGGCCACCGUGCCACAGAGGGAGCUGGCCGCCGCAGCGCGAGGCUCGAUUCCGGAAGAUGGGAGACCACGGCUGGACGCAGGUGACCUGCGAGACAGCGACAGACAAGGAUGACUCAGUGACCUGCAACCUAGGGGGGGAUGGCGCCUUCGAGGUCCAGCUCCGGCACAAGCUCCUCCACUGGAGCAGCCACUGGAGCGACUGGAGCAGCUCCAUCUUCAUCCCCGCAGAAAUCCUGGCGAGCCCGGUGCUGAGCUAUCAGCUGGGAAAACUGGGACGAGACGGGCAGCGGGUGCUGAGGCUGAGCUGGCAGCGAGCCCCUGAGGAGCAAGGGGAUGUCACCUACACUCUGCGUGCCCACAUGCUGGCGUGUCGCUGCGCCAGGCUAUCCGAGGAGGAUGCCGUGGUCCUUGGGAGGGACGUGACAACACACAACCUCACCCUUUCUGGGGCUGAGUAUGAAAUCCUGCUGACAGCGGCCAAUGCGGCCGGGUCAGGGCCAGCGCGGCAGCUCUGUGUGCCCGCAGAGCAGCGCCCAGGUACCGGCCCUGCAAGGACCAAGCUCCCGGCAGCCUCCAGGGAGUUAUUUUCCCCUCACACCCUGCGUUUCAUCCCAGAUCUUGGCUUCAAGGAUAUCAGUGUGACCGGUGGCACCAUGACCGCACGGUGGGAAGCACCAAGCCCUGGCUCUGCCUACUGCUUCGAGCAGCAGCCGCUGCCGGGAGUCCCAAAACAGGGCGUUUGCAUCGAACAGGAUUUUCCUGCCAAGAGCAUCCAUGUGGAGAGAGGAGCACUGGAAGUGCUGGCAUGUCACCGCCUCGCCGUGCACGGCUGGGCCGCGGCGCGGGGCUGGGCCACCUUCGCCCUGCAGCACUACUAUGCCAGCAACACCUCGCUGGCCGUGCCCAUCCGCAUCAAUGCCAGCGCCGAGGAUGCUGCCAUCACCCUCUGGUGGAGCCCGUCACCCCGUGCCACAUGUCCUGGGGUGUUGGCCAAGUACCUCAUCUGCCACGCGGCUGAGGGGGACAACGUGACCUAUGGUGAAGCAGACGUCACGGCAUCACACUACACCCUCCGACACCUACAGCCCGGCACAACCUACAGGGUGAGCGUUCAGGAGGUGACAGCAGAGAGCAAAGGGACCUGUGGCGUUUGGUGGCACUUCCAGACCAAGGCACUGGGUCCCCAGGGAGCAGCGUGGAAAUCCAACCUGAAGUACUUGGGCAUCUCGCUCGGUGUCCCCGCUGUGGCAGCCAUCUACCAGCUGAACAAAAAGAGGGCUCGGCGCCUCCUCUUCCCACCCCUGCCCAAGCCCACGGGCAGCAAAGCCAUCCAGUUCUCCACCAGUGAAACAAGCCAGGGCCAGCCCUGGCCAGGCUUUGUGGAGCCCUCAGAGAGGUUCAGCCCGGCUGAGCUGCUGCUGACAGAGCUGAAUCCUGGUAAGGAGGUCCCUGACAGCAGCACAGAGCCCAGCGAGCAGCAGCCCGGCCCCAUGGCUGAGGAACCGGCAGUAGUGUGCCCGCUGGGCUGCGAGAAGGAGCUGCCCUUUGCCUACCGCAGGCAGGAGGUGCUGAGCCCGGUGGGAUUCCCACCGCCCAGCAGCACCAGUUACACCAGCCACCCAUCUGAGGAGGAGCAGAAGGAAGAGGAGGGAAAUGGGGAGCUCAGCCAGCCGCUGGUCCCCAUUGCCCUGCUCAUCUCUGACAAACCCAUCAUCAUCAGGGAUGAGGAAUGAUGGGACCCAUCACUGGAGAAGGCGGUGCCAUAACCAUCACCAGGGAUGGAUGGCAGAGGGGUUUCCCAUGGGAUGUUGAGCACCCACCCCAUGGGUUCAUGGUUGCAGCAGCGCUUUUG